AUGCUUUCGUCCCUUUUGCGAUCCGGAUCGGGUGGCGGCCCCAUCGAGCACAACACGACCGCUUUCCUCGUACGCUCUCUAGCAUCCGGCUGGCAUCGAGGCUCCAUCAUCGCUGUCGAUGCCGGCGUCCAUCUCGGAGCAAUCGCGCGCAUCCUCCAAUCAACCCAACCGAAACGCUUAGGGACCGACGUACCCCUCCCUCACAUCCUAACCACCGGGCCCUUCGCCGGCCUCGAAGUUCAUAGCGCCUGUCCCAACACAAACGCUUCCCACAUCGCUCAGUCUCUCAUCGACACGUAUCUCAUCACCCAUCCCCACCUAGACCAUAUCAGCGGCUUCGUUGUCAACACCGCCGGCUUCCCUGGCACGAGACCGAAACGAUUAGCGGGGCUACCGAGCACGAUAUCCGCAUUCAAGGCGCACAUCUUCAACAAUAUUAUCUGGCCCAACUUAUCCGACGAAAACAAUGGCGCCGGCUUGGUCACGUAUAUGCGUCUCGUCGAGGGUGGCAGCCCAGCAUUGGGCGAGGGUGAGGAAAGGGGCUAUCUCGAAAUCAGCGACGGCCUCGCCGUGAAGACGUGGAGUGUCUCCCACGGCCACUGUAUGGAGAAGCAUAGCCAUCGCGGGUCGCAAAGUAGUCAGGGAGGCGCCGCAGCACCUGCCUCUCGUUUCGGCAGCGCAGACGCCUCAUCCGUUGCAUCCCCUCGCCACCUCUCGUGGUCUCACUCCCUGGGUCCCAAUUCCUUGUCGACGCUGCCCAUGUCUCGCAUAGGAAACCUUCUAAACCAACCUUCAGGUGCCGCUGCGGCCGCGCAAGGCGUCUCCGGCAUCAGCAGCGACCCCAGCGCCAGGGUAUGCGUCUACGACAGCAGCGCCUACUUCAUCCGCGACGUCGUUACCGGCAAAGAAAUCCUCAUCUUCGGCGACGUCGAACCCGACUCCGUAUCCCUCUCCCCCCGCAAUCUCCGUGUCUGGCGCGAAGCCGCCCCCAAAGUCGCUGCCGGCACGCUUUCGGGCGUCUUCCUCGAGUGCAGCUACGACAACGGGCAGCCCUUAGAUAGGCUUUUUGGGCACCUGAAGCCGGCUUUCAUCAUCGAGGAGCUGAAAGUUCUCGCCGCUGAGGUGGAGGAGGUCAAGCGCGCUACUAUGCGGGAAUCUAGGAAACGUAAACGGAGCGUUGCGUACCCACCCGCCGGUACCCACGAACGGGACUGCGAGGCGGAUUCGGGCGAUAUCGCUGACGCCGGGCUAGCGGUGAGGAGGAGGAUCGCCGAGGAGCCCAUCAGUCCCAGGAGUAUGAAACCCCUACAGGUCCCGGGUGCCGUGCCGUGCCAUAACGACUUUAAUCUCGAUAAUGGGAGCACCUCGACUGCGCCGGGGGCGCAGCGCAUGGCGACUCCCAGCUCCGACGUGGAUCACCGCGAAGCCUCCAGCCACACCAACAACAACGGUCAUGCUGCGGCAGCCCCUGCUGCCGAGUCGUCGGGUUGCGCGCCGCUCACGGGCUUGCGCGUCGUUAUCAUCCAUGUCAAGGACAAGCUUAUUGACGGGUUUAUCCCUGGUGAGCGGAUAUUGAGCGAGUUGCAGGAAGAGGAAGCGAUUGAAAAUCUUGGGUGCGAGUUUAUCAUGUCGAGCCCGGGACAGAGCCUCUUUUUCUGA